AUGAAGAGACAGAGUGGCUCUUGGGACGCCGGUACUCACCGUGGCGCGAAGCGCUUUGCAUCGAACCGCGUGGUGAUGCCCUGCGUGCUGAAGUUUCUCACCCCUGAGGCAUUGGCCUCUGCCAUCAUUGGCAAAGGCGGUGCCGCUAUUGCUCAAAUGCGGGAGAGGACACAAGCCAGGAUGAGUCUCACGGAGCACAAUGAGCUCUUUCCAGGAACAGAUAGCCGUGUUCUGACAGCUUCUGCGUCGGAAAGCUCUCAGUUGGUGGAGCUGUCGAGACUGAUCAUCGAUAAGGUCAUCGAGGCUGCUGGCGACGCUCAGGGGGACUUAAGACUUAGCAUCUUGGUCCCCAAGGCAGCAGUGGGUGGUCUGAUCGGCAAAGGAGGUGCUAACAUCAAGCAGCUGCGGGAAACCAGUGCUGCAAAGAUCUCCAUCGCAGAGGCUGCUGGGCAAGGUCCCGCGGCGGAGCAGGUUGUGUCGAUGACUGGCACUCGCAUGGCUCUUGAGAUGAUCAUGGAAGAGGUCAACAAGCAGGCUUUGGGAUUCUGUGAUGAAUUUCGGCCAAUCGUGCGUGCACUCUCUGCCGUGCGUGAUAUGACCAACUCCCCACUUGUCAAACGGAAGGAGAUCUGA